CUUGAAUGUCUGAUUUGUAUUCUUCAUUCUAACUGCUGUGUCAUUUGUAUUUGCUUAUAUUCUUUAUUUCUUGGACUGGUUUUAAAGUGUGAAGUCUUCCGUUGUCAAUUUCCUCGAUCCAAUCCCUUCUACUCUGAUGAACCACCAAGACAUUAUGGCACUGACAAACCAUUGAGUGUUGGAGCUGCACUUUGCUCUUGGUGUGGCACAUGGAAAGGGGAGAAAGUUUGCAGCAGGUGUAGGAGGGCAUGUUACUGCUCUGAGAAACAUCAGGCUAUGCAUUGGAAGUCUGGACAUAAAAACCAGUGCCAUCAGAUUAUUACUAACUUAGAAUCUUCUAGUGCUAGUGCUGGUUCAUCUAGAGCUAGGCUUCCUGCUACAGAUAAAGAAGGUGAAAGUGCUUUUUAUAUGGAGACUUCUGAAGAUAAUAGUUGUGCCACAACAUUGGUGCCUAAAUAUAUGAAAACAGAUGACACAUAUCAGUUCUUGCUGGACAAGUUUGAGGCUGAUGAGAAUAAAAGGUACCGCCGGCAUCAUUUCAAGAACGAAUGUCUAAAUGUCCCAACCAAGUGUUGAGAUAAUGUCGAGAUCUGAUGGCAAAACCACUGUGGCCUUUGCCUUUGUCGAUUGGUUGCCCCACCAUAGCCAAUAUUAAAAAAUGCAACUACUGCAAUGGUCCUUUAUGCUAUGAAUUUCAGCAAUCGCCUUCCAAUUUAUUGCACCCGUCACCGGAACCAGAAAGCUCAAACUACUGCCGGCCGCCGGCACGAGACGUCGACGCCACCGGCUCCGCCGCACCCUCCUUGGGGCUGCAUAACCCCACCGCGUGCCGCGCCCAAAACCCGCCCCCCGCCUUCGCCCUCGCCGCCCGCCUCCUCUCCUCCUCUGCCGCCGCAGCAGCUGCUGCCGUCUCGCUCCGCUUCUCCUGACGGCUCCCGACGAUGAGGCGGUCCAACUCCCUCCUGAUCCACUCGAUCUCGUAGGCGUCGAGCAGUGGUAUGGCAGGCCUAGGCUCGGCCGUCGAGCUCUCACCAGCAGCAGCGCGGUCGUCUAGCAGGCGGCGAGACGGCCGCCAGGCCGCUUGUGCCUCGCCGCAGCCGGUGCGGUGAUGGCACCGCGCCCGAUCUGCCGCCUUCGCCAGUGGCAGCAGCUCCGGUGCAGGAGCCACCGACGAAGAAGACACUGCGCUUGUCCGUCGCGUCCCUCGUUCCAUGUAACCAAAGCUUCACAGAGAGAGAGAGAGAGAGAGAGAGAGAGGUCUUAAGGAACGAAGAGAAGGAUAGCUUUCGCUGGAUCUUUUUUAGUUUUGCGUGCACCAAAAAGAAGAAGAUGAAGUGUGUGCAGUGGGUCAAAAGAAAGACUUGUACAUUUAUUUGAGCCCUAUCGCCUUUCUCUUUCCAUGUGCUUAUUGUUUUCUUUAAGAAGUUUCCUCUACAGUUGACUUUGACCA